GUUUCCUGUCAAGGUGUCAAGAGCUUUGAAAAGUUGUCAACAAAAAAUAAGGAUUGUUUUUAAUUCGUUAAUGAUUAUAAUGAUGUCAUUCCCUGUUUCUUUAUUAUUCAUAGAAUUUAAACUGUCACUAACAAUAGUCGAUAGUGCAAGUGAAACAUUACAUGCGGGUAAUGUGAUAUAAGGGCGUCUACUCAGUGUAAUUCGACAGAAGUCAAACAAUUGUUACUGUAACAAUCAACAGCUAGAAUGUCUGCAUUUAACGUGAAGCCUUCAAAUGGCUGGAUACACUCAGACAAACUGAUAGCAAACCAAGGGGCGACCUAUGCAGUGAGAUAUGUUGGCUGUAUGGAAAUAAAAGUGUCCAUGAAACAGCUAGACUUUAAAACAAGGUCUAGUGUAGCAAAGGAAUGCAUUAACAGAGUAUGCGAAACCUUGAAGUUGAAAACAGCCGACAAGAAGAAGAAAGUAGACAAGAAAGUGCUCAGAGCUAUUGCAGAAACCCCAAAUCUAAGGUAUGCAGGGUCAAAUGUGAACCUGAACAUAUCCAGCAUUAGUCUUACACUAACAUCACUAGAUACCAGUCAAAUCAUUGCUUCCCAUGAAAUGCCAAGGAUCUCAUUUGCUUCAGGAGGUGAUGCUGAUACUCUAGAUUUUGUAGGGUAUAUAGCAAAAGAUGAGAAUGAUUUGAGGGCAUGUUAUGUCUUGGAGUGUGGAGGAGGACUUGCGAAAGAUGUGAUUGCUACCAUAGGACAAGCAUUUGAGCUGAGGUUCCAGCAGUUCACUAAUAAAUCACCUAUGAUGUGUGAUUUAGGCACAACCAUGGGCAGUAUUUCUUCUGCUAUGGGUGGAGAUGGUGAUAAAGAUUAUUAUAAUGAUUUGCCAGGGAAGGUUCCCCCUGAUGUUGAACCCCCACCAGUACCUCCUCUACCUACAGUAGUUCUUCCAUUUACAACUUUGCCACCUGUUCAGUCACCAAACUUGAUUGACCUCAGCUCAGAGCUUAGUUCUGAAGCAUCUCAUGAGGCUGCUCAACAUGAGUAUGUUAAUGAUAUUGUAGCUAGGGAUAGGGACGUCUUUGACAUGAAGCCUUUCACGCAUUCGACUGCUGCUGCAUUCUCGAAUAAGGAUCCUAUUGGAAAUAUAGAAGAUGAAAUCUGGUUCCAUGGUCAAAUCUCGAGGGCUGAAGCAGAGAAUCUCCUCCAAAAAGAUGGCGACUUCCUGGUGCGUGAAUCGACAAACACUGUAGAGCGCCAGUUUGUACUAUCAGGCAUCCAGGAUGGCAACAAGAAACAUCUUCUUCUCAUAGACCCUGAGGGUGUGGUAAGGACGAAGGACAAAGUCUUCACAAAUAUCAGUCAUCUCAUUGAAUACCACUGCGAAAAUGCCUUGCCUAUUAUAUCUGCUGAAAGUGCUUUGCUGUUGAGGAAUAAGAUACCAAGGACUUCUUGAGUUUUAAAGAGUACUGGUGCAAUAAGGAGGUGGAAGGUUGUGGGAUAGAUGUGGACCAUUGAGUGUAACCACUUUUUGAAAAUGGAUCGGUGGAUAUAUGCAAACUUAUCUUAAACGUUAUUUAGGCUAAACACAAUGCAGAAUCAAUAAAGUGCGUGUACUAUUGAAUUUGAGUUAUGUCACUUCUUAUUGGUUGUGACUAAAGUUACGUCAAAAUCACGCUAAGAUGGGUAUACGUAAAUCCAGCAUAACUGAUUUGCGUCAAACGUAAAGGUUUACCAUUGACUAUCGUAUUAUACAUGAAGAUAACCAACUAACAGUACUAUGUUCGCGCGUCCGAAAAUUUAUCCAAGAUGAAAUGAGAUACCGUAGUGUCAUCUAUAAGCAUCUUUCACAACCAUGUAUAAUAAGAAAUGUACUUUGAACAGGUUAGUGUCUCAUAGAUGGUGCUGUAGCCCACUAUAUAUAUGAGCAUAGAGCAGCUUUAGCACCAUCUAUGAGGCACUAACCUUUUCAAAGUAAAUUCUCAUAGAUGUCGCUACGGUAUCUCAUUUCUUCUCGGAUAUUUUUUAGGGCACGCGAAUAUAGUAUCAUGUUAACUAUCCUCAAAUAGAAGACAUUGGACAAUGAAUUUAGCAAAAGAAGACAUGGAGAUCUGAUAAUAAGUAUAAUAAAUUACAAGACAUUAAUAAUUAUUCAUAUAUGACAGAAAAUGAUUGAUAAUACCUAGUAUGCUAGCUUUCAGUGUAAUGAUACUGCAAUAUUAGUUAACCAUUAUGUAUAAUUGAACUGGCCAUUGCAAAAACCUCAUAAGUCAAACACAAUUUGAUUUUUUCAGGAGACAAUAAAGACGGUGGCAUUGAUAAAUAAACCAGUUUACAACACUCUUCUACAGUAUUCGAGUUCUAGGUGACUGAAAUCUCGAAUUUCCUUUACAGUUUAUUUAUAAUAAUAAUGGACAAGGCCUGAAAAACUGUUUUGGACUUGUUUAGUAGGAAAUAGGGUUAGAUAAACUUGAGGGAAAGGAUCAUAUUAAUCAUAUUUUUUAUUGCUUAUUAUUGAAAUUCACACCUAAAGAUUGGCAGAAAAACAUGUUACAUGUGUUUUACACGGAAGCCGAUUAGGGAGAAGCCUAAAUACCAAAGCACAGCGGUUGCUAUGAGGAGUUUAAAGAAACUUUGUUGAUCCGAUUUUGAACUGCCUAUUACUAGAAUUGGGAAAAGCCUUUUCAGAUAGAUUUUUCUACAAUCUUGAUACCCUAGGGACAAGGAGCGGUCGUAUCGGCCGGUUCUGCAUACACGAUGUUUUAAUUUUUUGCAUGAUUUAAUAUCUUAGGUACGUAGGGGAAACACGGGCGAAGGAAAAUUAAAUUCCUUGUUUGACAUCCAAACCAUGAAUCGGCCAUCGUGAAAAAGUACAUAAACUUAUCGUGCCACCUUCUUCAAAAAUCAGCAAUUGGCUGUAGAAAAAAAACAGGUGCGCCUAUUGUACUACCAGGUAUCACAAUGUACUUCUUAAACAAAAAAUUGAUUUUCCAAGGUAGAUGUUGGGCGAUGGGCGUGUAUUUCCAUUUCUAUACUAUUCAUACGGACUGCGUUUUAAAAUAUUUAGUGUAGGUACGUUUAAAAAACCGAGGGAAACUGCAGGUUUUCGCACUUGUUGUGAAUACGAUGAUGGUUUCUCGCAGUUAUUUGAAAUUCUUCAAAUUCGUAGGAUUCGUAGUCCUAGAUAACCACAACAAAAUUGGAGUAGAUUGGUCAAGUAGUUUUUGAGAAUUUCUAAUUGUUUAUCCCAAAACACCUGUCUUCUGGCCAUCACUACUACUUUAUUGAGCAAUAUACAGGGUUAGUGCAAAGGGCAUUUUAUAGCCAAAUACACUAGUUUACCUUGCCUAUAUGAAUCGCAACCCAUUCCGGAAGACAAUUGUUAAAAUUAUGUUUUGGGGUCAACAAUUAGGAAUUCUCAAACUACUUGACCAAUGUACUUCAAUUUUGUUGUUGUUAUUUACAAGUAUGAAUACUACGGAUUUGAAGAAUUCAAGUAGUUGCGUGAAAUUAUCGUCGCAUUACCAACAUAAUAUUUUUGCUAUUAGUCGGAUCUUUUUACGUGUGGUCUCAAUUUGUAGUUCUCAUAAAUACCUAAAAAUCUUAUAUGAAGAGUUUUUUCGUUAUUGUCAACACUUUCGAUUGAAUCCCAAAAAUCAUGUUUUCUCAUUCUUUGUUGUCAAAUAAAAAGUUUUCCCUCAAAAAUUGGUGUACCCAUUUUCUGCCACCAUGUUUUAAAUACCCCCUCGAACAACUUGCAUUAAUAAAACCAGACUUAACAAUUAUUUCGGGGAAAUCUGCUGAUAUGAUUAGACUAUCAGUGGCUUUGAUAGGACAUAAGAAAACUCUUGAAUAGGUGAUAUUGGGCAAAGCAGUGGGGAUACGGUAUUAGCCCGUAACUUGAUUUUUGUAGCUAGUAAAUUAAAAAUUGUUAUUUUGAACCACUCAAGCACCCUUUAUCGAAUAGUGCAUGCAAAUACCAUCUAAAUCCCGAGCUUACGUUGUUUAUGAAAAAAACCUCGAUCAUUUGAAGGGGAUGGAAUUUGUAUUGUCUUCAGAGGUGUGUACCCAGAAUACGCAUCUACCUUUAAUGGACUGUGUUCAAUACAAAAGUUUAUUGGAAAAAAUGGACUUGAGUAGUUUUUGAAAUUGCCGAUUCAAUUAUUUUUUCCGUGGUGUCAGGUAUGUACGCACAAGUUUUGUUUUUAUAUAUAACCCUAUAUCUAUAACUCAGAGCCAGACUAGGUUAAGUCCAAAUAAUUAAUUUUUCAGUAGAGGCGAUUGGAGAUUCCCUAAACGCAAAUUUGACGAUUGCCGACACUAGGUAUCAUAAUGUUGUGAAAUUUUGUAUACGAGUAUAUGCAUAAUGGUUAAAUAAAAGCAAGCAUUUUGGUGAAAUGCUGAUAUUUUGUAAUUUUUUUGUCAUUGUUCUGGCUUAACCUAAUUUGGUUCAGACAAAAAAAAAAUGACUUAUUACUAUAAGUCCUGUUCCAUGCAAAGUUGACUUGAAUAUCAGAUAAGUUCAUAAAAAAGAGUCAGGGUCCAAAACACCUAAUUUCCGGAUUUCACUUUUUCCUGGAUAGUAAUAAAACAACACGUUAGUCCAGAAAACUAUAUUUAACAUAAAAUAAAUUUAUAUUUAAUUAAACGAUUUUAGAAAA